GCUUUCCAGGAGCAACCCGACACCCGCUGGCUCCCCAGGCUCCAGGAUGCAGAGACUGGUAUUGAGGAGGCUCUUGUGUCAUGGCUCUAUCUGCAGACUGAUUUGGAUAUUGCCAGCAGUGAUGCUAUGUAGGGCACAAGUGUUGACACAAAAUGAAAGAGAGUUGUUGAACAUGCCUGCUUCCUUAAGAUGCUCUCUGAAGAGUCCCAAGGAAGUCUUGGUUGUGACAUGGCAGAAAAUCAAGUCUGUAAGUCCAGAAAACAUAGCCACAUUCAGCAAGAAGUUUGGAGUUGUGGUCCAGCCUCCCUUUAAGGACAAGCUAAAUAUUACUCAGCUAGAGCUCAAAAACUCAACCCUCACCAUCUGGAAUACUACUCUGGAGGACGAGGGUUGUUACAAGUGCCUCUUCAAUAUCUUUGGUUCUGGACAAAUCUCUGGAGUCACCUGCCUCAACCUCUCUGUACAGCCCACAGUAUUCCUUCACUAUGACUUCUUUGAAGAUUACUUAAAUAUUACUUGCUCUGCCAAUGCUCGCCCACCCCCUGUGAUCUCCUGGAAUAUUUCUGGGUCAGAAAUACAGAACUCUACUGAGACUAUCUUACACCCUAAUGGGACUACAUCUGUCAUCAGUGUUCUCCAUGUCAAAAAUCCUAAGAGUCAAAUAGGAAAGGAGGUGAUCUGCCAGGUGCUGCACCUGGGAACUGUGACCAACUUUAGGGAAACUGUAAACAAAGGCUUAUGGUUUUCAGUUCCACUAAUGCUAAGUAUUGUUUUCCUCAUAAUACUUCUGGUAUUAAUCUCAAUCUUAGUAUACUGGAAACGUCGCCGGAACCAGGAUAGAGCCUGGAAAUUUACCUCAUGCCCCUACAACAUCUACCAAAGUGCCUUAUGUAUGAGAGGUGUUCAAUAAAUGUUCAUCAAAAUAGUAAA